UGCCCGGAUGUAAUUAUUUAUAGAAAAAGUCAUAUGACAUAUCGUAAAAUAUCUAAUAUUAAUGUCAAUUAAAUUCUGCUUACAUAAAGACUGGUGAAUAAAUUCACCAACACGUUUCUAUUUAAAGACUAAAUACGCUGGUGAAUGAUAAUGCGUCCUGAUGGCGCAGUUUACUAUGGAGACCGAUGCCCUCCUUGUCGAUUAUAAUUAUAUGGAAAAUCAUGACCCGAAGACGAGACAAGCGACGGAUGAUGUGGGUAACAGUACUCGGUUGAAUAACGGCGGAGCAACUUCACACCAGGAAGGCGUAAUAUCAGCAACUAGCGGAUCAGACGAUGAGGCAAUGCUAGAUAUAGCAAUGGAUGGUAGAGACGAUCAAGGUUUAAAUGACGAUCAUGUUCAAGGUUCUACCAAUUUUUUGGAAUCCCAGGAUGACCUGCCCGUCAGUAGUGGUCAAUACGAGGAUUUCCACACUAUUGAUUGGCUAAGGGAUAUUGCCCGAGAUCGUAUGAGACACCGACAUAUCAUCAAGAAUAAACAAGAUGGAUGUAUACCUAAAAUCAAAAGUGCGCAUGAUGCCUGGUCAGGGUGGGUGUGUGUCCUUCUUGUGGGCGUGUCUGCUGGGGUUUGUGCUGGGAUCAUUGACAUUGGAACAACAUGGAUGUCAGAUUUAAAGCAAGGAAUUUGUCUGGAAGCUUUUUGGUUGAAUCGAGAACAAUGCUGUUGGUCAGGAAAUGCGACAACAUUCGACGAUGAAGGUGGUUGCAGUCAGUGGUACACAUGGUCCAAAUUAUUUGGUGUAUCAUCAUCGAAAGGUGGAUCCUACAUUAUUGGAUAUCUUCUCUAUAUUGUAUGGGCCUUGAUUUUUGGCGCCAUUGCAGCUUUAUUUGUAAGAGUUUUUGCCCCAUAUGCAUGCGGGUCUGGUAUUCCUGAAAUCAAAACCAUUUUAAGUGGAUUUAUUAUUCGAGGAUAUUUGGGAAAAUGGACACUUUUAGUCAAAUCUGUUGGAAUGAUGUUAGCUGUUGCAGCAGGGCUGAGUUUAGGAAAAGAGGGUCCAUUUGUUCAUGUUGCCUGUUGCUGUGGCAACAUUUUCUCAUAUCUGUUUCCCAAAUACGGACGAAAUGAAGCAAAAAAGAGGGAAAUCUUAUCAGCGGCAAGUGCUGCGGGUGUGAGUGUUGCUUUUGGGGCUCCGAUUGGUGGUGUAUUGUUUAGUUUAGAAGAAGUUAGCUACUAUUUUCCAUUGAAAACCCUAUGGAGGUCCUUUUUUUGUGCUUUAAUGGCAGCUUUCGUGCUACGCUCUAUUAACCCUUUUGGUAAUGAUCAUUUGGUGAUGUUUUAUAUAGAUUACAAUGAACCCUGGUACAUUCAAGAACUCAUUCCAUUUAUAUUGCUCGGAGCUCUUGGUGGAAUUUACGGCUGGUUUUUCAUCAAGUUUAAUAUUAAGUGGUGCAAAUACCGAAAGACCUCUUCAUUGGGGAAAUACCCCAUUAUCGAAGUUCUUAUUGUUGUAUUUGUAACAGCCUUGCUUAGUUUUCCCAAUAGUUAUACGAGAAUGAAUGGGAGUGAACUAAUUCGCUUAUUAGUGCAACGCUGUGGACCGGAAGAUAGCACUGAACUCUGUGACUACAGUCGCAACAUGACAAACGAUCACCCGUAUAUGGGCAGUGCCAUUGCGUCUGACGGCGUGAUUAGAGCAGUUUGGAAACUAGCCUUAGCUUUGUUGUUUAAGUCACUGAUCACCAUUUUCACCUUUGGUAUCAAAGUUCCAUGCGGUUUGUUCAUCCCCAGCAUGGCUGUCGGCGCAAUAUUAGGACGGGUCAUGGGAAUUGGAGUGGAGCAGCUGGUCAUGGCGUACCCAAAUUCACCAAUAUUUACCAAUAUGUGUCAAUCGCGACAGAUAUGCACUGUAACACCAGGACUUUAUGCUAUGGUUGGAGCUGCAGCAGCUUUGGGUGGAGUUACGCGAAUGACGGUUUCACUGGUUGUUAUUAUGUUUGAGCUGACAGGAGGACUACAAUAUAUUGUACCCAUGAUGGCAGCAGCUAUGACGAGCAAAUGGGUUGGUGACGCUUUAGGCAGAGAAGGUAUCUAUGAUGCUCAUAUUGCGCUCAAUGGAUACCCUUAUUUGGACAGUAAGGAAGAGUUCACACACCAGACUAUCGCAGCAGAUGUCAUGCGUCCAAGAUGCUGGCGUUAUGGCCUGGAGGUCCGAAACGACCCCCCACUUUGCGUAAUAACUCAAGAUUCCAUGACUGUCGAUGAAAUUGAAGGAAUUUUAAAAACUACCGAGCAUAAUGGCUUUCCUGUUGUUGUAUCACGAGAAUCUCAAUAUCUUGUUGGCUUCGUUUUACGGCGUGACCUUAACCUUGCCAUUGCUAACGCCUUGAAAAAUCAGGAGGGAAUUGUUAGUAAUUCUCCUGUUUAUUUUGCAAGUCACAAUACUCAUAAUCCACAUGGACCCCUAGGAUUAAAGUUGCGUAAAAUUUUGGAUUUGGCGCCGAUAACCAUCACAGAUCACACUCCCAUGGAGACAGUGGUUGAAAUGUUCCGUAAAUUGGGUCUGCGACAAACUUUAGUUACCCACAAUGGUCGAUUAUUAGGAAUUAUCACCAAAAAAGAUGUUUUGCGUCACAUAGCUCAAUUACAAAAUCAAGAUCCAGAGAAUAUAUUGUUUAAUUAGUGAGUCCACAGAGUCACAGACUACUGUCUUAAUCCACAGACUUAUUCAAACUAAUUAGUGAAUCUACAGUCGUUAUUUAUUAACAGACGUAUGAACCAAUUAGAGUAUUUAUAUUUUAAGUAAAUAAUGGAUGUAUUUAUUAAUUAAUGGGUGUAUUUAUUAAUUAAUGGAUCUAUUAUUUUAAUAGUUGAUGGAUCUUUUAAUUAAAAUGUGGAUUUAUUUAUUAAUUAGUGGAUUUAUAAAAUAAAUAUUCCAUUGUGUAAUAAUGUGAUUUUUGUUAAAUGGUUGUUGAUGAUAGACGUUCUCAUGAAUUAUAAUAGUUUUUUUGUAUAUUUUUAAUACAUAUUGAUUCCAAAGGAAUUCUUUUAAUAAUAAUAUCCUUAAAUAAUAUUUAGAAUUAGGGGUAUUUAAAUAUUCAUAAUAACCAGGGUCAGAUUUACCAAUAGGCAUAGCAGGCCAUAGGCUUAGUGCCCACAGCUAUCAGAGGGCCCACCUAAACUAAAUUAUCUUACAGCUUACCAGCGUAUAACCUUGUUUCAACAUUUCUAGUUUUGGGACCCGUUGAUGAGAUUGGUCUAAGGCCCACAUGUACAUGUAGGUAAAUCCGGCCUUGAUGAUAACACAACUGUAUGGAUUCACUGCUGAUUAGUUUAUUACAUGCGGCAUUCCAAUACUCUUACAGGCACAUGUAUCAUUAUCAAGCAAUGUAAUAUCCUUGCAUGACGUUAAGAAAGAAGUAGAACAUUUAUAAUGACACAGCUUUAUGGAUUACUACUUCUUGGUUUAUUACAUGCAAUGUUUCAAUACUCUUAACAGGUACAUGUACCAUUUUCAUGUAAUGUAAUAAAAUAAGAAUCCAUCAUGUUGUGUUAUGAGUCCUUUAAACUUUAACAAUGUCUACAAAGGAUAACCCUGCAGCAUGAAGGCAUACUAGUAUUCUACCUCCCAGCCCUACUGUUUGGUAAAUAUUAUAACAGAGUUUAUUAUUGUACAUUAAUGAAUACUGGUACUAUGGUGGAUCAAAGGGACAUUUAAUUUGUCUUUGGGCUCAAUUCUUUUUUUUAGGAAUUAGGGGCUGUAUUCUCGAAUGGUGGUGAUUAAAAUAAUCCCUGUUAAGGCAUGAACAGUGUACACUUAACAUUGAUUGGGGGGGUUGGGUGGCUGAAUGGUUAGCUUUUGCACGCUGUGUCAUAAAGUCUGUCAUUGAGUCAACUGGUGUGGUUUCGAUUCCCUGGUUGUACGUGGCAAGGAGCAGGGUCGCCUGUCUGACCUCAUGGGUUUUCUCCGGGUCCUCCUGUUUCCUCCCACUGCUGAAGACCCCUACGCGCAAGCAAAUUAUUGAAAUAAUAUUAAACCAUAUGUUAGUCCCGAAAUGACCUAGUUUGUGUCGAGUGGACGUUAAACCCCAUUUCUCUCCCUCUCUCUCUUAAUAUUGAUUACAUGUAGAUCUUAAAAUUUAAACAUCAUCUGUAUUUUGUAAGGUCAUGUAAACACUGAUCAAAACCUUUCAGUUUCAUGGCCACAACAGGUUUCACAGUUGAAGGUCACAACAGAUUGGUAGACAGUUCAACUGAACUUAUCUGAAUCUCUUUAAAUGACCUAUAUUCAAAUUACUACAGGUACAAGUGUAACUGAAUAAAAUAAUGAAAAUGUACCAUUAAAAAUAAUUCACAGCCAUGUAUAAUAUUAUAUUUUAUUUAUUCAUAUAGUUUAUUUUGUCUAUUUGUUCAAAAUCUUUUAGUUGCCGACUAAAUGUCCUCUGUGUCAUUAACAAAAAUUCUAAAUACAUGUAGGCUUCUUCUUUGUGAGGUACAAAGCUGCACCCAUUAGAUAACUUAAAAUAUUGUUGUUGGUGUACUGCCAUUAUUUCCAAUAAGAGUACAGGGCCCUUAUUCACGAAAACUUAAACUAAGAUACAUUCAAAAUUUUAAGAAAUACUGCAAUUCGAUUGACUGACCAGUAAAAUCAAUUUGCAUAUAUCCAAUGAAGUUGCAGUAUUUCUUAAAAUUUCGGUUGUAACUUAGUUUAAGUUAUCGUGAAUAAGGGCCAUGGCAAGGUGCCAAUCGAACAUUAUUUAUGCUAGAUGAAUUGCAUGUACAAGAUAUACAUGUAGUAUCUGUAUUUUAAGUUGUUUAAUGGACUCCAGUAAGACAUUGCAUAAUAGUAAGCCCUAGUACAAUAUCAAUAUAUUACUUAAUGUUUCCAGCUCGACCAUUAAACCACACAUACUUGAGGUACUUUAUAUGUAAAUAUUGUUUAAAGAUAAACAACCUAGUAGAUAUUAGCUUUAAAAAUCAGCAUUCAAUAAUACAGCCCCAAAUGAACUAGUAAACCCACUCUCUCCUUUUUAUUGAUUUGGUUAACUGACUAGGCAAACAAAAUAUUUAAUAAUUUAAAACUGUUUAAUGAGCAUAUAUGUAUUUGUUACUAUGCUUAGCUAAUAAACCAGCAUUCAAUAACACAGCCCCAAAUAUACUAGUUGUAAAUCCACUCAGCUUUUUAUUAAUUUAUCUGUAUUGGUUAAUUAAUUGGGCAAACAGAUAUUAAAUAAUUUAAGACUGUUCAUUAGCAUCGUUGAUACUGAUUUAUAGCUAAAUAAACCAGUCCACUCUAUUGUGCUCUUUAAAUAUAUGCUGUCUACAUUUUAUUGUAUACGUGUAUGUAUAUAUGUGAUUAUAUGGCAUUUUGAAGAUGCUAAUAAUAUGUACAUGUAGUAAGAGAUAAAUUUAUAUGGACUACUAAA